AUUGGGGGUCAGCUCCGAAGCAGCAAGAGCUGGCAACCUGACCCAUCCAGUGGGCUCCAAUGAGCUCUCGUGCAAGGUUUGCUGGUGGAAAAGCCAACAAUCUAGCACCUUUUCAAGAUGGCGGAAGCUCACCAGGCUGUGGCGUUUCAAUUCACUGUCUCUCCAGAGGGCAUCGACCUUCAGCUGAGCCAUGCGGCUAUCAAGGAGGUCUAUCUUUCGGGCUUGCGGUCAUGGAAGAAGAAAUUCAACCAGCUCCGGAACGGAUUUGUGACAGGUGUAUACCCAGCCAGCCCUUCCAGUUGGCUGUUCAUGGUUACUGCCAUUCUGGUGACCCAGUACUCUCGUCUCGACCCCUCGAUGGGCAUGAUUGAGAAGAUCAAGGAGCACCUGUCAGUCAGUAAGUACCUCUCAGACCAGGGACUGAGUUUCCUCAGCGCCAUGGCCUUUUCCACAGGGCUGUGGCUGGCCCUCAUUAUGACCAUGCGCAGCAUUCUCAAGAUGCUGCUGUGCUACCAUGGCUGGAUGUACGAAGAGCAUGGCAAGAUGUCCAACACCACCAAGGUCUGGCUGGCUCUGGUGAAAAUCUUUGCUGGGCGGACUCCGAUGCUGUACAGCUACCAGGCGUCGCUGCCUCGCUUGCCUGUUCCAGCCAUCAAGGAUACUAUGCAGAGGUAUCUGGAGUCCGUACGACCGCUGAUGGCAGACAACGAGUUCCAGCGGAUGGCGGGUCUCGCCCGUGACUUUGAACAGACCCUCGGGCCGCGCCUGCAGUGGUACCUCAAGCUUAAGUCUUGGUGGGCAUCCAACUAUGUGAGCGACUGGUGGGAAGAGUAUGUGUAUCUCCGUGGACGGGGACCCCUGAUAGUAAAUAGCAAUUAUUAUGUCAUGGAUUUCCUAUAUGUAACUCCUACCCCGAUCCAAGCUGCUCGUGCUGGGAAUCUUGUCUAUGCUAUGCUGAUGUACCGACGCAAACUCAUCCGGGAGGAGAUCAAACCGAGCAUGGUCCCCAAUUCCAUCAUCCCCUUAUGUACGGCCCAGUGGCAACGUCUCUUCAAUACCACCCGGUUGCCAGGGGUGGGUCUGGACAGCAUCCAGCAUCAGCAGGACAGCAAGCACAUUGCAGUGUACCAUGCCGGCCGCUUAUUUCGGGUCUGUGUGUACCACAACGGAAGGCUGCUGGGUCCGCGUGAGCUUCAGGCACAGUUUCAGUCCAUCCUAGGGGAUCCCACACCCCCUCUGCCGGGGGAGGAGAAAUUGCCAUCCCUGACUGCGGCUGACAGAGAUCCCUGGGCCCGGGCCCGCCAGACCUACUUCGGGUCGGGGAAGAAUGAGCAGUCGCUGAGUAUAGUCGAGAAAGCGGUCUUCUUUGUCACCCUGGACACCAGUGAGCAGGGGCUGCAAGGACCCAAUCCAGGCCAUGCGCUGGACGCCUAUGCAAAGUCCCUCUUGCAUGGGCGCUGCUGUGACAGGUGGUUUGACAAGUCUUUCACCCUGGUUGUUUACCGCAACGGGAAGUCUGGAAUCAACGCGGAGCACUCCUGGGCUGAUGCACCCAUUAUUGGCCAUCUCUGGGAGUACACCCUGGCCACAGAUGCGUUCAUGCUGGGGUAUGAUAAUAAUGGGAACUGCAAAGGCGACAUGGACUCCAGCAUCCCUCCGCCCCAGAAGCUACAGUGGGAGAUCCCACCAGAGUGUGAGCAGGUGAUCAUGCAGUCCUUCAGUGUGGCCCAGGCCCUGGCCAACAACGUUGACUUCAACACCUUCACCUUCCGGAACUUUGGCAAAGGUCUCAUCAAGAAAUGCCGCACCAGUCCAGACGGCUUCAUCCAGCUCGCCCUCCAGCUGGCGCAUUUUCGGGACAAGAAUAAAUUCUGCCUCACCUAUGAAGCAUCCAUGACCCGACUCUUUCGGGAGGGACGCACAGAGACGGUCCGGUCCUGCACCAUUGAGUCCUGUGCCUUUGUCAAGGCCAUGAUGGAUCCCACCCAGAAUGAUGGCACAAGGCUACGCCUGUUUCAUAUGGCAGCUAAGAAACACCAGCACCUUUACCGGCAGGCCAUGACGGGUGCUGGCAUUGACAGGCACCUCUUCUGCCUCUACGUUGUCUCCAAAUAUCUUGGCCUGGACUCACCCUUCCUGCGUGAGGUGCUGUCCGAGCCGUGGCGCCUCUCUACUAGCCAGACUCCCGUUCAGCAGAUGGAGCUAUUUGACCUCGAAAACCAUCCAGAUUACAUUUCUUGUGGUGGUGGAUUUGGGCCGGUCGAUGACGAUGGAUAUGGAGUGUCAUAUAUAAUUGUGGGUGAUGAUCUCAUCAACUUCCACGUGUCGUGCAAAUGCUCCAGCCGAGAGACGAAUGCACACCGAUUUGGAUUAAACAUCCGGAAUGCCAUGGCGGACGUCUUGGCCCUCUUUCAACUAGACCAAAAAGUCUCUGCCAGCCAUAGCCAGUGACUGAAUAAAUGCCAACAGGAUUAUACAACCAGCCACUAAGACACACUUUUUGUGUGUUUUUCUGUUCUGUGAUCUGCAGGGACAUUUGGAAAGAAAGGGGGGCGGGUGGGGUGCACUGGGGGGUAAAGCCUGAGGAUUCCUACAAGCACAAUGGAAGGGCGAGAUACUCUCCUGCUCUUGGAUUUUGGGGUUUGGCCCCUCUACUGGAUACUACAGCCCUAUCUGCAAAUGACACCCACCCACCCACCCAGGCAAUAUUUCCAUGCUUCUAGGGUGGUAGAGGUCUGAUGGAUGGGCCUGACGGUCUGGUCUCCUGGGUUCUUUUGGGGCCUUUG